AUGGGUUUAUCCUUAAAGAUUCCUCGAAGUCCAUCCGUCGAAAGUGACAUAAUAAUUGGUCAUAUUGACGAUGGUAUAUUACCUGAAUUAAAGAGUUUCUCUGACCACAAUUUAGGCAAUGUUCCCAACAAAUGGAGAGGUAUCACUUCUUAUUACAUUUUCACUAAAUUUGUGUAUUUUGGACCUUGUGACAAAAGAAAGCUAAUUGGAGCGAGAUACUAUGAUGGAGACUCGGCGAGGGACACAGAGGGUCAUGGGACACACACUGCCUCAACGGCAGUCGGAAGGGUUGUGAAUAAUGCAAAUUAUUAUGGCAUAGCAAAUGGAACUGCUAGAGGAGGUGCCCCAUCAGCAAGGAUAGCUACCUACAAAGUGUGUGGCAAGUAUUGUUAUGAUGAUGCUACAAUGGCUGCCUUUGAUGAUGCCAUUGCUGAUGGUGUUGACAUUAUCACGGUCUCUGCUGCUUAUCCUUCUUUCGUUAACAUUAGUGAAGAUGCAUUUGCCAUCGGUUCCUUUCAUGCAAUGCAAAAAGGUAUUUUAACCGUACAAGCUGCAGGAAACACAAAUAUUAACAUCUUAAAAACUGUUACGAGCACUGCACCAUGGUUGUUCACUGUGGCGGCGAGUAGUAUUGACAGAAAAAUUAUCAAUAAACUCGUGCUUGGAAAUGGGCGCACACUCAUUAGCAUUGCAUUGAAUCCUUUGGCCACGGGAAGACACAAGAAGAGGUUGGUGUAUGGAAGAGGAAUCACUCGGCACUGUAAUGAAUCAAGUGCAAUGCAAUGUUUAAGUGGUUGCGUUGACCCUAAUUUAGUGAAGGGAAAGAUUGUAGUAUGUGAUGCUGAUGUUGAUAGCACAGAUGCAAUAUAUACAGUUAUGACUGCCAAUGCAAGUGGGAUUAUUCUUCGAAAACUAAAUGCAGAGGAUUCUUCAUUGACACCUAUUCCCACUGCAGCUCUGAAUGACCCUGAUUUUCGUUAUAUCGAGUCUUAUCUCAAAGCUAUAAAAUUUCCAUCUGCGCGCAUUUUAAAGAGUGAGACGAUUCACAGUUAUGCUCCCAUAGUAGCUUCAUUCUCCCGUAAAGGACCCAAUAUUAAUUUACCAGAAAUUUUAAAGCCUGAUAUAACUGCGCCGGGGAUAAAUAUAAUGGCCGAAUGUCCUCUACAAGGAGUUUUUGGAAAACUUGUUUCUAAUUUCAAUAUUCAAACCGGUACAUCAAUGGCGUGUCCCCAUGUUGCUGGUGCAGCUGCUUAUGUCAAAUCAAAACAUCCUUAUUGGUCAGCUUCUGCUAUCAAAUCUUCUCUUAUGACUACCGCUUGGACUAUGAAUACAAAAUACAAUGCCGAUGCAGAAUUUGGAUAUGGAGCAGGACACAUUGAUCCGGUGAAGGCCAUACAUCCUGGACUCGUGUACGAGACAUUUGUAGACGAAUAUAUCAAUAUGUUUUGCAGUCUAGGUUCAGAAGGAGAUAAAUUGAGGAAGGUGUUAGGAACAAAACAUAAAUGUUCAAAGGGGAAAAGAACGUCUGUAAAGGAUCUCAACUAUCCAACAAUGACUGCAUCAGUGCACAUUAAAUCAUCUUUCAAUAUUCAAUUCACAAGAAUUGUGACAAAUGUUGGAUAUGCUAACUCCACUUAUCAUGCACAAAUAAAUGGAAGGCGAGAGCGUGCUUACGGGACACUCGAAGACGUGAAUUCCAUGGACGAGAUGGAGAUGCAAAGGAGUCUAGGGAUUCUCCCACUAGAUGCAAUUCGAGGGAUCUUCUAUCGAAUCCGCGUACUUUUGAAAGGCUCGUCUUCACUCUGCGGAAGAGGGAUCAUAUUCUCUCUCCUUCACUCACAGAAAUGCAAGGUUCUCAUUCAAUACCCAACCUUUCUUCUCUGUUGGACCUUUGCGUUGUCUCCACAGUCCACACAGACAAUCUUAAAAGGAACUGCAGCCAUAUCGGUAACGGUUUUCUUAUAA